ACUGACAAAGGCAUAACUUUCACAUACACUGAUGCAAAGGCCCAGGCUUGGCUUGUUUGGUGGAUUGUCCGGUGUACCUGUCUAGCAAAUUUGUCUCGCACAUCCUUCGGUAGCGGCCUGUUUUUCUCCAGAUAGGACGACAGGUUUCCACCCUCACACAAUUCUGAUCAAUAAGAAGGCACAGGGAGGAGGACACAGAUACAGAUAAGGCUACCGGACCUAGUACCGGUCACAAGCAUGAGCACUACGCGGCCAUCCUUCACGUGUGGGCAGACACCGAAGAUUUUGACUAUGUUGGGAUGCCGCAGUGGGAACAUCGGCUCAGCCUCCAUCAAAGCAUCCUCCAUCGUCUUAGCUAUCAGAUCCUGUGGACAAAAUCCAGCUGUGUUUCUGCUCACACCUUCGCUCACUGUGCGUGUGUGCCCUCCGGUUUCUUGCUCACAUCUUCGCUCACUUGUUUGCUCAUUUCCUCGACAGUUCUCAUGCCCCUGUAUCUCUCCAU